GGCAUGCGUCAUGGCGUCACUUCCUGUACCAAUUGGCAGUUGCAGUUGCCGGAGCGCCAUGUUACUUCAAACAAAAGAAACAACUUCACUGCCUUCGUAACAGUUCAUGACAGGCUGAAACACAAUGGCGGAAUAUAACCUGCUUCUCAGCUUCUCAUAAACCGGAGAUUUUCAUAAUGCCUUUUCCAAUUACCAAUCAGGUGCAAGCAGUACAGCAGACCCCAAAGCAUUAUGGGAUCACGUCUCCUAUCAGCUUGGCACCGCCUAAAGAGGCCGAUCUGGUUCUUACGCGAAAGCUGACAGAGACACUCCGACCCUUCGGUGUCUUUGAGGAGGAGAUGGAGCUGCAGCGGAGAAUCCUAGUGCUUGGGAAGUUAAAUAUGUUGGUUAAGUUGUGGAUCCGUGAAGUCAGUGAAGCUAAGAAUAUUCCAUCAUCAGUGAUUGAUAGUGUUGGUGGAAAAAUCUUCACGUUUGGAUCCUACAGGCUUGGAGUUCAUACGAAGGGUGCUGAUAUUGAUGCUCUCUGCGUUGCACCCCGACAUGUGGACAGAUCAGACUUCUUCUCCUCGUUUUAUGAGAAAUUAAAGGAGCAGGAGGAAGUCAAAGACCUGAGGGCAGUGGAGGAAGCAUUUGUACCUGUGAUAAAGCUGGCUUUUGAUGGCAUUGAGAUUGACAUACUGUUUGCCCGACUGGCACUACAAACCAUUCCAGAGAACCUGGAUUUGCGAGAUGAUGGCUUACUUAGGAACCUUGACAUUCGCUGUAUCCGAAGUUUGAAUGGUUGCAGAGUGACUGAUGAGAUUCUUCACCUGGUGCCCAACAUCGAGAAUUUCAGACUGACUCUUAGAGCCAUCAAAAUGUGGGCAAAACGUCAUAAUAUCUACUCGAACAUCCUUGGUUUUCUCGGGGGCGUAUCGUGGGCCAUGCUGGUGGCACGAACCUGCCAACUCUACCCCAACGCUGUGGCUUCCACCCUGGUCCACAAGUUCUUUUUGGUUUUCUCAAAGUGGGAAUGGCCAAACCCUGUCCUUCUGAAGCAGCCUGAAGACUGUAAUCUCAACCUCCCAGUCUGGGAUCCCAGAGUAACCCCCAGUGACCGGUACCACCUCAUGCCAAUCAUCACACCAGCUUACCCUCAACAGAAUUCCACUUACAAUGUCUCAGCAUCUACUCGGGCCAUCAUGGUGGAAGAGUUCAAGCGGGGUCUUGCAAUCACGGAUGAAAUAUUGCAGAAUAAAGCAGAUUGGUCCAAACUAUUUGAAGCACCAAACUUCUUUCAGAAAUACAAGCAUUAUAUAGUGUUGCUAGCAAGCGCACAGACAGAGAAGCAGCACUUAGAGUGGGUGGGCCUCGUGGAAUCAAAGAUCCGAAUCCUGGUGGGAAACUUGGAGAAGAAUGAGUUUAUCACACUCGCCCAUGUAAAUCCACAGUCAUUCCCGGGACCAAAAGAGGGAACUGACAAGGAGGAGUUCAGCACAAUGUGGGUAAUAGGUAUUGUGUUCAAAAAAAUGGAGGGAUCAGAAAAUCUUAACGUGGACCUGACGUUUGACAUCCAGUCCUUCACAGACACAGUUUACCGGCAGGCGAUCACUAGUAAAAUGUUUGAGCAAGAUAUGAAAAUCACAGCCAUGCAUGUGAAGAGGAAACAACUGCAUCAACUACUUCCCAAAGUCGCCAUUCAAAGGGGCAAGAGAAAGCAUUCGUCUGAUGGCCUUCGUGUGAUGAAUGACGGCAGUCUCGACCUAUCGGUUGACAGUGACAACAGCAUGUCAGUGCCCUCCCCCACGGGCCCUUCAGCUGCCAAGAGUGCCCGUGCCUCCAGCCCUCAGGGUUCCACUGGGACGGCCACAAACAGCUCAGAUUUGCAGGGAAAAACGGACACCUCAAGUGGAAGCACGCUCCUGGCUGGUGCAGUGGAUGGCACUAAACCUGAUAAUGUUGGGACUUCCAGCAGCAAUUCCCCGCGAAAGGGGGCUGCUGCACUAAAGAGGCCUGCCUCACCCCUUCAGCAAGAUUUGGAGAAGAAACACAAAGUAGACAGUGUACAACAGAACCCUAAUCCUAGUCCAUGUUUAUCUGCUGGCCCUGCCAAGAAGAGACCUGCCUCACCCCUUGAGAAUGAGACGUCCAAGAAAGCCAAAGCAGAGGAAUUCUCAACCCCAGAAGCAAAGUCCUCAGGUGAAACUGAUGGUCAUGUAGCUGUGGAUCCAGCGGUCGUUGAAGUAGUUCCUUCAGAUGGUGAAUUUAAAACGGAGACUGAAUUAACGGCGGUGGACAUAGCAGAGAAGAUCCCGCUUACCCAGAAAACUUCCAGCGCUGAUCUGUCAGACGUCCCAGUCCUACCGACCAACCCCAUCGCCGUGGUCAAGAACUCUAUCAAGCUGAGACUCAGCAGGUAGAAGUGGCCCAAUCUUUUGCCUGUCUCGUACUCAGGAGGUGAAAGUCCCCUCAGUUCCUGCCCAUGUGCAACGCGGCUCUCCACAAGGGGGCAGCUCUGUUCUUCCACAAACUUCCCUGUGUCCUCUCUCUCUCUCUCUCUCUCUCUCUCUCUCUCUCUCUCUCUCUCUCUCUCUCUGUCUCUGUCUCUGUCUCUCUCUCUCUCUCUCUCUCUCUCUCUGUCUCUCUCUCUCUCUCUCUCUCUCUCUGUCUCUCUCUCCCCCUCCUUCCCCUUCUGUACACUGCAAAAAGAUGUCAUACACAAAAACCUCAAUGUGAUUUAAUGUGUUUGUGUGAUUUGGUGCACAUGCUUUGUAAAUCCGAUCAUAUCCUUCUGUUUUGACCUGAAAGACAGUGACGCUUUGCUUGUUUUCUUUUUCUUUUUCUUUUGUAAUCCAUAAAGAGGCAUGUAACUAUAUUCCAGGGUACAGUUGGUCCAUUGGAGACCAAUCCACCAUAUUGUACAGAGCUGAAGGUGUAGAUGAGCAUCAAACCGUGCUCAGUAGGUGGAGAUGCAUUGAAUCAACAUGAACUAAUGACAGUACUAAUCUGACAGCGGAGGACAUAGCUAGCUCAUCCAGAUGAUUCUAGCUCACUAAUGCAGAUGUAAUUUAACCAAAUCAGUCUGAGAUUAGUGUAAACACCAUCGUUUUGCUCCGCCGUCUUAGCAGGGCAUUAAUUAUGGGUGUUAUUAGGAGUGGAAUAGCUAGUAUUCCCAGCAUGCUUUGAUUCAUGCUCUGAGGAGACCAGUGCUGGCCGUUCAUUUAGGCUUGUUUUACCAUGUGUAUAUAUAUAGAGAGAGACAACAAUAUUGAAACCUUUAUUUGCUUACAACAGCUUGGUUUUCCUGUUAUAUGCUGGGAUUUUCCUAAUGUGGAAUCGAAGAUGCAUUUCGAAUGAUUAAUGUGAUUUAAAAAUGGCAGGUCAACUUGUUUCCGUUGACCUGAUUUUGAGGAUAUGGAUGUGAAAAUGUAAUGAUGAUAAAAGAUUGAUUUAAGUUUCAAAUGAAUGUUGGUUUAUUGGGGCAGGAGAGUGAUUUUGUUCAUUUUUGAAAUCUGUACAAACUUUUCUUACUGUGUUUUGUCUUGAUGGUCUGUGUUGACUGUGGAUUCGUGUAACGGUAAAGCUGCCGCCCCAGGAACACCCGUCACGGCACAGAUUCACUCCUGUGAAACGCCUCCUAUGGCCUUGCAAUGUUCUUUCAGUUCUUUCAUACGCUUAUUUGUAAGGACAAGGUAUUGUACUUUUUCACAAAUAAAAGUCUACGUUGUUGCAAAAAGAAA